AUGCCCGUAGAUCUGUCACUCUAUUUGGUCACGGAUGCGACCCCGGCCAUUCUCAAGGGACGAGACCUAUGUGAAGUAGUGGAAAGUGCUCUCGAAGGAGGCGUGACGGUGGUGCAAUAUCGGGACAAAUUCAAUGACACUGGAGUCCAGAUAGAAAUUGCCCGGAAACUACACCAGAUCACCAAGAAAUUCAAUGUGCCUCUUCUAAUCAAUGACCGGGUUGACGUGGCUCUUGCCAUCGGAGCUGAAGGCGUGCACUUAGGUCAAGAUGACAUGUUGUUUGAGCAAGCCAAAAGGCUUCUCCCCAAGGACGCCAUCAUUGGUAUCUCGGCAUCCACAAUAGAAGAGGCUCAAAAAGCUGUCGCAGAUGGCGCCGACUAUCUCGGAAUUGGAACUAUGUUUGCCACCGCCACUAAAACGAAUACCAAGAAUGUCAUUGGCACGGCAGGUACUCAAGCUAUUCUAGAUGCCAUUAAAGACUCUGGUGUGGGCACUGUGUCCAUUGGUGGGAUCAACCACUCCAACGUGCAGCGAGUGAUCUACCAGUCUCAGUCAGCAAAGAAAGGCUUGGAUGGAGUGGCGAUUGUCAGUGCUAUAAUAGCAGCAGACGACCCCAAAGCGUCCGCCGAGAAGUUUGUCGAGCUCAUCAAAAAUCCUCCCCGGUUCGCUCUGACUUCCAACUCCCCUCGAGUUAAUGAGGCCGAGGCUCUGUUAAAUGAUGUGCCCAAAAUCGUCCGCAAGAUGGUCGAGGUGCAUCCCCUCGUACACAACAUGAUCAAUUCCGUAGUUAUGAACUUUGUGGCCAACGUUGCCCUUUCCAUCGGCGCAUCUCCCAUCAUGUCUCCAUACGGCGAUGAAGCCACAGAUUUGUGCAACUUUGAUGGCUCUCUUCUAAUCAAUAUGGGAACCCUGACCAGCGAAAGUGUCUCCAACUAUCUGAAAGCUAUGGCUGCAUACAAUUUGCGAGGCAACCCAGUGGUAUACGACCCAGUCGGUGCGGCUGCGACGAAAAUUCGCCGCAAUGCAGUGAACCAGCUCAUGGCCGGUGGUUACUUUGAUUUGAUCAAGGGCAACGAGGGCGAGAUUCGCCAAGUUUGGGGUAGCAACGCUGUGCAGCAGCGCGGUGUCGACAGCGGGCCGAGCACUCUUGACGGCAACCAGAAAGCCACUUUGGCUCGGGACCUGGCCCGCAGGGAGCGAAAUAUCGUGCUCCUUACCGGAGCGACAGACUACCUCAGCGAUGGCGAGCGGGUCAUUGCCGUGAAGAAUGGCCACCCAUACUUGGGCCAGGUCACCGGAACUGGCUGUGCCAUUGGCACAAUCUCCGGCUGUUUCCUGGCUGCCCAUCGCUCUGACAGACUCCUGGCCGUGCUAUCCGGCAUUCUCAUGUACGAGAUCGCAGCGGAAAAUGCAGCAUCCAAAGAGUAUGUUCGUGGUCCAGGCAGCUUUGUGCCGGCAUUCCUCGACGAGUUGUACGCCAUCCGCACAGCAGCGGCAAAAGGCGACGACAGCUGGUUUGUCGGCCGGGCUAAGGUGCAUGAGGUGAAGCUGUAA